UCACGCUAUCAUCCUUUGCUCUUAUAUAGGAACCUUUCUUCUUCAUUCUCCCCCAACCAAAUUCCUCUCAGAUAAUCUCUUUCUUUCUCUCCAAACUCAAAUAAACAUGGCAAAGACUGGGACGCUAACCAAGCUCAAAUCAGCUAUAAAGAGAUGGCCAUCUUUCACCAAGCUAGCUCGCACAAACAGCUCCAUUGCAGCAGCUGGUAAUGAUCAUUGCUCAGAGGAUAAGAUUCUUGCAAAGGAACUUCAAGCUGUUUAUGUGGGGAAGUCACGGCGUCGAUAUCUUCUGAGCUCCGACACCAUUUGCCACCCUCUUUUUCAAGAAUUGAUAGAGAGGUCUGGUGGGUUCGAUGAUGGAGGAGAAGUAGUGAUUGCUUGUGAGGUGGUGUUGUUUGAGCACUUGUUGUGGAUGCUUGAGAGCGGUGGCUCUCAGUUGGGGUCCAUGGAGGAGCUUGCUGAGUUCUACUACACUCGCUAAUCAUUAAUAAUGACGAAGAGAGGGAGGAGGAAAUUAAAAGUUGAUCAAGAUUAGGAAAGAAAAUUAAGGAAAAUAAGCAAAGUUUGAGUAGUAAUUGUAUGGAGAGGAUUAACCACAUUAUAUUGGUUGAAUGCAUGGCAGAUGCUUCUGUUUGCUGUUAGGAUUGUUAAUUUUAAUUUUCUUCCCUGCAUUUUCUUUUUUCUAAUCUAGUUAUUAGACUUGUGAUUAUCAAUGCUAAGUGAAAUAUGCAAGCAAUUUUCUUUUUCUUGUA